AUGGUAGGACAAGCACUGGCUGCCACAAAGAAGACUCAGAUCGCACGAGAUGAGAAGGAGAAGUUAAUCAACCAUGCUAUCAAACUCUAUCAAGCAGAACAGCUCAAGCCUCCUGAACAGCAUAAGCAAGGCUUGCGUCGGAUUUGUGUACAGGUUAAGGAGUCACAUCGGAAGGCAACAGGAAAGGUGGUAAGGUUGAAUCAUGCUACUCUGAUGAAUAGAGUUAAGGGUGGGAGGGCACUUGUUGACUUCAAUCAGGAAAAAAGCUGGCUCACCUCCGAGGAGGUUGACCAUGUUAUCACAUAUACCCUUGAGCUUGCAGCACGAGGUUUUCCUCUCAGUCAUCGAAGGCUACAAGAGCAGGUAAAACCAAUUUUACAAGCACAUUUAGGUCCAGAAUUCCCAGAGACAGGCCUUGGUGAAAACUGGACAUACCGUUUUGUUGAAAGGCAUGCAGACCAAUUGAAGGCAGUCUGGUCAUGA